GCAAGCAGUCUGAAUCUAUAAGCAGAUAUUAAUAUCUGGUGGAAAAUAUCAAACUCCGCUUAAAGUGUGAGGAAGACUGCUGGCUGUGUAAACCUUCCCUCCAUGCUGGGUGAGAGGAGCUGAUGUCUAUGAACAGAAUGGCGUCUUAUGGGGAAAUCAUGAACGGCCUUCGACAGAGCUUCUCUUCAGGUAUAACGCGAGCUGUGACAUUCAGACUUUCUCAGCUGGAAGCUCUGGCUAAAUUAGUGGAGGAAAAUGAGGCUGCAAUCUUUGAGAGUCUGAAGAAAGAUCUUAACAAGCCAAAGUUUGAAGCAGAAAUUUCUGAGUUGAGUCUGAUAAGAAGUGAAAUCAAUUUGGCAAGAAACAGUCUCAAUUCGUGGAUGAAAGAUGAGCAUGUUUCAAAAAAUUUGGCAACUUAUUUUGACUCAGCUUUUAUCCGUAAAGAUCCAUUUGGUGUUGUCCUUAUCAUCUCACCCUGGAAUUAUCCGUUUCAGCUCUGUCUGAUUCCACUUGUUGGAGCGAUAGCUGCAGGAAAUUGUGCUGUGAUAAAACCAUCUGAGAUAAGUCAGAAUACAGAGAAACUUCUAGCUGAUCUCCUCCCGCGCUAUUUGGACAAGAACUGCUUCGCUGUGGUAUGUGGAGAAGCGAAAGAGACAUCCCUGCUUCUUGAGAACAAAUUUGAUUAUAUUUUCUUCACAGGAAAUCCCAAAGUUGGUCGAAUCAUAAUGGCAGCUGCCGCCAAACAUCUGACACCACUGACCUUGGAACUUGGCGGGAAAAACCCAUGUUUUGUAGAUGAUGAUUGUGACAUUGACAAUACUGCAAAGCGCAUUGUGUGGUCUAAAUUUUUUAAUGCAGGGCAGACGUGCCUCGCUCCAGAUUAUGUCUUAUGCUCAGAGGGUACUCGUGACAAGCUUCUGACUGCUCUGCAGGGAACUAUCCAAGCCUUCUACGGAGAUGAUCCAAAACUGUCUCCAGACUUGGGCAGGAUCAUCAGCCAAAGGCAUUUCCAACGAGUAUGUGCAUUGCUUACCUCUGGAAAGAUUGUUACAGGCGGACAGACUGAUGAAACAGAGAGAUAUAUUGCUCCCACUCUCCUUACGGACGUGAAGGAGUCAGAUCCUGUGAUGCAGGAAGAGAUCUUUGGUCCACUUCUUCCAUUCCUAACUGUAGGAGACGUAGAAGAAGCCAUUAGGUUCAUUAACCAGCGAGAGAAACCUCUGGCCACAUACGUCUUUUCUCGUAAUUCACAGGUUGUAAACCAAUUUCUGGAGAGAACGGCAAGUGGCGGUUUCUGUGCCAAUGAUGGGUUGAUGCACACUACCCUCAUGUCGCUACCUUUUGGGGGAGUAGGAGAGAGUGGCAUGGGAAAGUACCACGGAAAGUUCAGCUUUGACACAUUUUCCCAUCACCGGGCAUGUCUUUUGCGCAGCUCCGGCCGUGAGAAAUUAAAUGAAAUCCGAUAUCCACCUUACAAUCAGAGUAAUCUCGGACUUGUCCUGUAUGCUACGGAAUCCAAACGGAAAAGCUGGUGCAGUAUUCAGUGACCAAGCAACACUGCAUAUCUAUAACAAGCUCUUAUAUAGAGUAUUUCUAUAUCCUGUGCACUAUACACCUAAUAAUAAAGGAGACAAUGUAUUCUAUAUAUCAGACUCUUGUAUGAAGAAACCUUGAACUUU